UCGCAGCUAUAACAGCCGCAUCUCUCUCUCUCUGCUUAAAACUCACAGAAAUGGUAUCGAAGAACCCGAACCCCUCAGAGGGAUUCUACCUCGAUCCCAGUGCGCUCCCCAGCCUCGUUCCGUUGGCCGCAACCCCGGGGACGUCCACCGCCAACUCGGCGGAGGACCCCGCCAAGAAGACGCGGAAGCCAUACACUAUAACUAAAUCUAGAGAGAGCUGGACCGAACCCGAGCACGACAAGUUCCUCGAAGCUCUUCAACUGUUUGACCGUGACUGGAAAAAGAUUGAAGCAUUUGUUGGAUCGAAGACAGUUAUCCAGAUACGUAGCCAUGCACAGAAAUACUUUCUAAAAGUUCAGAAGAGCGGGACAAGUGAACAUCUUCCUCCACCCAGACCAAAACGAAAAGCCGCUCAUCCAUAUCCUCAGAAAGCUUCUAAAAAUGCACCAGUACUCGCGCAAGUAUCUGGAUCAUUUCAGUCUUCAUCUGCUUUGCUUGAAUGUGGACAUGUCCUGCAGCCUGAUUCUUCAGCAAUGCUUAAAACACCUAUUGUUAGCACUGCGGUGUCUUCCUGGUCAAACAACACCCUGCAGCAAAAAACCAAUGUAUUGCAUGGGCAAAAAGUAAAUAACUGUUGUAGUAGCAGCGAAAGCACUCCCAGAGCACAAGCACCUGGUGAAUCUAAUGUUCAAGGGAAUAAUAGCCAUCCUUUGAGAGUUCUUCCGGAUUUCACUCAAGUGUACCGGUUCAUUGGCAGUGUAUUUGACCCAAGCAUAACUGGGCAUCUACAGAAACUAAAAAGGAUGGAUCCUAUAGAUGUUGAAACGGUGCUACUGCUGAUGAGAAAUCUGUCUAUCAAUUUAAGGAGCCCAGAUUUUGAGGAUCAUAGAAGGUUGCUUGCCUCGUAUGAGGUGGAACUUGAAACAGACAGCUACAUCAAUGCAGAUAGACCUAUGACUGGUGGGCAGUUGAAGACAGCUACUUAGAUGCAGCAGAGGCAGAAAAUGACUUCAUUUUUCACAAAUUAGAUGUUGUCAUUGAUUAGGAUUUUGCGUGAUGAGAUGAAGAUGCCACGGAAGGGCAGCAAGCUGAGAGGUUCCAGACUAAGCAAGGGUUUCAAUUCCCCGCAUUCAUUUAGAUCAUGUAUAUAUCAAUCAACUUGUUAGAAAAGAAUACAAUAAAGCCCCUAUGUAUAGCUUUCCUAGUUCUGUGUAUGUAUGUACAGGACCGAAUAUGUGUUUCAGACUUUUUGGUUUAAUAUCUAGCAACUAGCAAGGCAGUUUUUAGGCAGCACAAAAGUAUAGACAUUGACAGUAUAAAAUUUUUGAUCUGGUUUAUAAAUAAUGGAAGGCCAUCGGGCCUGGUUUACUUGAAA